UAUUCAACAGGAAAUUCAAAUGAAAUUGUUCAUACUUGUUAAAAAAUCAGAUCAAGUGAAAUCAAAUUUUAAAGCUAAGCAAGUUCAGUUUUUUCAAAAGUUAAAAUUCUUAGUAGGAAGUUUAGAUCUUGGUGAACUUUUAAUUUUGCCAUGA